GGCAGCAAUUGCCAGAGAUUGUUCCAGGGCAGGGGUGCACAACUUGCAGCCCCGGGGCCUGCAUGCAGCCCGCCAAAGGAUUUCUGGAGGCCCGGGGCCUAAUAAUCAGGAGGAGGAGGAUGUCCUGGCUCCCAGAGUCCUCCCUGAUCACACAGGGCUUUGGAAGAUGGGAGCAAUGGACUCUUCCCCCAGACUUCCCAGGAGAGCUUUUGCUGGGGACAGGCUUACAGCUCCUCUCACCCCAGAGGGAGGAGCUUUUUGUAAGGCAAGUGGCAGGGUAGAGCCGGGAGGGCAGAGAGAGAGCAUGGAGUGAGAGAGCAAGGGGCCCAGGGUCUUCACUGGUGUGUGGAUGGGAGUAGAGGAGGAGGCCACCACCCUUUUGGCGAGCAGCCUGGGAUUCGGGAUCCUCGUCCUUGCAAGGCUGCCCGCAUGGCAAAGCCCCCAGGCCGCUCAAAGAGCAAAGCUGCAAUCGAAGAUCCACGAAGGGGAGGUGAAAUCGCAGAAUUAUCAGAUUGCCAUAACAAUAAUUGAGGCCCGGCAGCUUGUUGGUGAGAAUAUAGAUCCUGUGGUGAUUAUAGAAAUUGGGGAUGAAAAGAAGCAGACUACAGUCAAGGAAGGGACCAAUUCACCAUUUUACAAUGAAUAUUUUGUAUUUGACUUCAUUGGACCUCAAGUUCACCUGUUCGACAAAAUUAUCAAAAUCUCUGUUAUGCAUAACAAGCUUAUUGGGAGUGUAUUGAUUGGUUCAUUUAAAGUAGAUCUGGGGACAGUAUACAAUCAGCCAGGUCAUCAGUUUUGUGACAAGUGGGCCCUUCUCACAGACCCUGCUGACAUUAGGACAGGGGCCAAGGGAUAUCUGAAGUGUGAUAUCAGUGUUGCCGGGAAAGGAGAGACAAUACAAGCCAGCCAGAAAGCAAGUGAUGCAGAAGAACAGAUAGAGAAGAACCUCUUGAUUCCCAAAGGAUUUCCAUCAGAAAGGCCUUGGGCCAGAUUUUACGUGAGAAUCUACAAAGCAGAGGGGCUACCCAAAAUGAACUCAAGCAUCAUGGCUAAUGUCACCAAAGCAUUCAUGGGGGACAGUAAGGACCUUGUGGAUCCAUAUGUGGUGGUCAUGUUUGCAGGUCUAAUGGGACGGACGACAGUGCAGAAGAAUUCUGCUAAUCCUGUGUGGCAUGAACAAGUUGUCUUUAAGGAGAUGUUCCCCCCGCUGUGCCGAAGGGUCAAAAUCCAGGUGUGGGAUGAGGGCAGCAUGAAUGAUGUGGCUUUAGCCACUCACUUCAUAGACAUAAAGAAGAUCUCAAAUGAACAGGAUGGUGAUAAAGGUUUUUUGCCCACUUUUGGGCCUGCUUGGAUCAAUCUCUAUGGCUCACCUAGGAACCACACCUUGAUGGAUGACCACCAGGAACUCAAUGAAGGAUAUGGGGAAGGAGUUUCUUUCAGGGGACGUCUUCUGAUCGAACUUGCUGUUGAGAUCCUUUCGGGAGGAGCCCAUGAGUCAAAGUUUUCAAAGAUCAUCAAGGACAUAAAGCUGCCUUCCAAGGACAAGGACUCCAAAGGCUCUAAAGGAUCAGGAAAAGAGAAAGAGAAAGGAUCAGAAGAUGGAAAGUCUUCUUCCCCUUCAGAUAAAACAAAUUCAACAGAUGUGGAAGUGGAGCCUUUUGACGUCCCACCAGAGAUCCAUGAAGAACAAAAUGAGGAAUUUCUUCUCUUCGGGACUUUUUUUGAAGCUACAAUGAUUGAUAGAAAGAUUGGGGAUAAACCAAUAAGUUUUGAAGUGUCUGUUGGGAAUUAUGGUAAUGCUAUUGACGGAGUGUCACCAGGAGCUGGAGGGAAAAAGAAAGCGCAUGAAGGAGAAGAGGAAGAAAGUGCUCCACUGUUGCAUGAAGGAACUGGAGAUGCUUCACAUGACAUUGCCAUCCCACUGGUGUCUACCACAAACCCUGAGAAGCCACUUCUCACUGAGGGAAACAGAAACUACAGUUACUUACCCUAUGAUGAGAAAAAGCCUUGUGUCUACAUAAAAAGCUUUUGGGGUGACCAGACUUUCAGGCUAUAUUUCUCUAAUAUCCUUGAGAAAAUGGCAGACCUGCUGGAAGAAGGUUUAGAACAAGUGAAAGAUUUGAUUAAGGUUUCUGAAAUGGCAUCAGAAGAGAAAAUGAAGUCUACUCUGAGUGAUUUUAUCAACCAAAGUAGGGCCUUUAUUGUGAGUGCUGAAAAGAAGCCCAAACUGAUGAAUCGGACAGCUUUGGACAAAAAGAGGCUGACGUUAUGUAAGCAAGAACUGGAAGCAAUGUCCAAAGAUGCCAAAGGAAUAAUCCAGCAGCAAAAGAAGAAGAUUCCACUAGAUGAAAUGAUACGCGAAACCCAAAGUUUUAUUGAGAACAUUCGCUUCUUAGUAGAUGAGCCCCAGCAUACAGUGCCUGAUGUGUUCAUCUGGAUGCUGAGCAACAACAAAAGAGUUGCAUAUGCAAGAAUCCCAGCCAAAGACUUGCUCUAUUCUCCUGUGAAUGAGCAGAGAGGAAAGCACUGUGGGAAGAUUAAAACCCACUUCUUAAAAUUGCCAGGAAAAAGGCCCCCAGGCUGGAACGUCCAUGGAAAAGUUGACACUUACCUGUGGCUUGGUUCCGCCAAAUAUGCUCAUGCUAUUUUGGACAACUUACCUGUUGGAUAUGAAACAGAAACACCUUUGGCAGCAAGUGGACACCAUACUCCUCCUCCACCCCUCAGUGUGGCCUACAAAACCAAGCAUGUCUUCCAGCUAAGAGCUCACAUGUAUCAGGCCAGAGGGCUUAUCGCAGCCGAUAGCAGUGGGCUUUCAGAUCCUUUUGCCAAAGUAACUUUUGUUUCACACUGCCAGACCACAAAGAUCAUUCAACAGACUUUGUCUCCUACUUGGAAUCAGAUGCUGCUGUUUAAUAAUAUUGUACUUCAUGGAGAUGGGAAAGAAAUUGCUGAAUUUCCCCCAGUGGUUGUUGUAGAGCUCUAUGAUGAUGAUGCAGUGGGUAAAUCAGAAUAUAUUGGCUCUACUGUGGCAGCCCCUGUAACAACACUGUCUGGUGACAAGUAUGAGCCACCUAAACUUAAUUACCAUCCAGUGUACUGUGGAAAUCUUUCAGGAGGGGAUCUCCUUGCUGCAUUUGAGCUCCUUCAGGUCCCCGAUUCUGGCCCUGAAAACCUCCCACCUGUGGAUCCUCCAGAUGCCAGUCAGAUCUACCCAGUCCCAGCCAACAUCAGGCCUGUUUUAAGUAAAUAUAGGGUAGAGGUUCUGUUCUGGGGUCUUCGUGAACUGAAGAAAGUGCAGCUUCUCUCUGUGGAUCGACCACAAGUUCUCAUUGAAUGCGCCAGCAAAGGAGUGAAAUCGUGUGUCAUUCAGAGCUACAAAAACAAUCCAAAUUUUAAUGUCCUGGGAGAUUGGUUUGAAGUGGAACUGCCAGAAAACGAACUGUUGCACCCUCCACUCAGCAUCUGUGUUGUGGACUGGAGAGCCUUUGGUCGGAGCACGCUGGUUGGGACACACACCAUCAACUGCCUUAAGCAAUUCCUGUAUAAGCCUAAAGAACUGCCUGCUUCACCAACGAAAGAGGCCAGCAUUGUAGAAAUUGAUAAAGUUACACCCGCAUCAGGACCGGUUCAAUCUCUUCAACCUCAACAGCCACCAACAGAUCAUGUCUACGUUGAUGUGGAACACGGUGCAUCCAUUUUAGCGUUUCCUGAGCCAGAAAUAGCACCUGCACCAUCACCACCUCCUCUAACAACUCCAACUCCAACACCUUCACUGAAACCUGCACCAUCUUCUACCUCUGAUCCUCCAAAAGAUGGGAAACAAAAAAUUUCAAGAAAAUCAACCCGACGAUCCACAAAGAGAAGAAAGAGAACCAUAGCUGAUGAAUCUGCUGAAAAUGUGAUUGAUUGGUGGUCAAAGUAUUAUGCUUCUAUACAAAAAGUACAAAAGGCAAAAGUACUUGAUUUCAGCGAUGGAAAACCCGGAAAGACCAAGGAGACUCUUCAUGAAAAGUCUGCCAUUUCUCAGUUGUUGGAGAUUGGGAGGAUGGGCUGUUUCUGUAUAUACAAAAGUCCAGAGGAUUGCUGCCCAGUAGAUGGAGGCCAGCUGAGAAUUCUGCAGGGUUUACCUCCAAAUCACUCUGUAAAAGUUCUAAUCAGAGUAUAUAUUGUGGCAGCAUUUAAUCUUAGUCCAGCAGACCCAGAUGGCAAAUCUGACCCUUACAUUGUACUUAGACUGGGGAAAACAGAAAUUAAAGACCGAGACAAUUAUAUUCCCAAACAGCUAAACCCAAUUUUUGGAAGGUCAUUUGAAAUUCAGGCGACUUUCCCUAAGGAAUCCCUGCUCUCAGUGGUGAUCUAUGACUAUGACAUGAUUGGUUCAGAUGACCUUAUUGGAGAAACCAAAAUUGAUUUGGAAAACCGUUUCUACAGCCGGCACAGAGCUACGUGUGGCUUACAGAGUCAGUAUGAAAUUGAAGGAUACAAUGCCUGGCGAGAUGCCACCAAGCCAACUGAAAUCCUGACCAAGCUCUGCAAAGAUAACAAACUGAGUGGGCCCUACAUGCAACCUGGAAAGAUACAAAUUGGAGACAAGAUCUUUACUGGCCAGACAGUCUUCCAGGAAGAUGAGAAUGGUAAGUAUGCUGGUCGUGUGCAGAUGUGGGUGGACAUGUUUCCCAAGGACAUGCCUCUGCCAGGACCACCUGUUGAUAUUUCACCCAGAAAACCAAAAGGUUAUGAACUAAGAGUGAUAAUCUGGAAUACCGAAGAUGUUAUUUUGGAAGAUGAGAAUAUUUUCACAGGACAAAAAUCAAGUGACAUCUAUGUAAAAGGGUGGUUGAAAGGCCUUGAAGAUGAUAAACAGGAGACAGAUGUGCAUUAUAAUUCUUUGACUGGAGAAGGGAAUUUCAACUGGCGCUUUGUGUUCCCAUUCCAUUAUCUCCCGGCUGAGAAGCAAGUGGUGGUCUCCAAGAGGGAGAAUAUCUUUUCCUUGGACAAAACAGAACGCAAAAUUCCUGCAGAACUGGUGCUCCAAGUGUGGGACUUUGAGAGGCUUUCUUCUGAUGACUUUCUGGGCUCCCUUGAAAUGAACCUGAAUGGUUUUCCUCGAGCAGCCAAAACGGCCAAACGCUGUGACAUAAGCAUGGUAACUGCAGUCAGCGAGGAGAACAAGAUUUCCAUAUUCCAGCAAAAGCGAGUCAGAGGCUGGUGGCCUUUUGUCAAAGCUGGAGAACUCACGGGCAAAGUGGAAGCUGAAUUUCAUUUAGUCACAGCAGAGGAAGCUGAAAAGAAUCCAGUAGGCAAAGCUCGAAAAGAGCCAGAACCAUUGGAAAAGCCCAACCGGCCUGAUACUUCCUUCUCCUGGUUUGUGAAUCCUUUCAAGUGUUUGUAUCAUCUCAUCUGGAGAAAUUACAAGAAAUAUAUCAUCAUUGGGCUAAUUCUGCUUAUCCUAACUGUAUUCUUGGUGCUUUUCAUCUACACGCUCCCGGGUGCCAUAAGUCGUCGGAUUGUUGUGGGGAGUUCUUAGAAGACCUAUGUAUAAAUCAUGGCACAGGUUAAUCACUUAAAUAAUUAAACACACUCAUAUUUUACCGAGAAUAACACAGAUUCAGUUUUAACAAGGGCAGGGGAUGCUAAACCUUCCCCCUUCAUGUGCCUUACUUCACCACCAUCUUCUCCCUGCACCAAACAAAGGGAUAUUGAGUACCUUUGAGACUAACUUGGUGAACUGUGCCAAAGAGAUUGUAGCAUAAG